AUGGAGAUGGCCAAGGGCAGGUGUGCUGAAGUCCAGGCUGGAGCUGAGACAGUUGGGGAGGAAGGUGUUGUUGGGAAGUGGGGAGUGGUGGCCAGUGCCAGCAAGACAUCUCUUGCUCACUUGAUUGCAGAGGAGUCCAGCAAAGAAGGGAUGUUGCUGCUCAGUUUCUUCUUCAAAGCUGGGGAGCAAUCACACCCAGAUCAUUUGUUCAGUGGAAUGGCCCGAUCACUCGCAACUGUCAGGGGACAACACCUGCAUCCGCAUGUAGCCACAUAUCCCCUAUCAUAUCCAACACACAACCCAGCGUAUCGUUCCUACCUCAUAUCCACCAUCCAGGAAGACCUGACUCUUGCAACUGCCUCUUUCCCAAUGCAAUUCGAGAAAUUAGUGGUGGAGCCUUUCUGCCUGAAGGCAUUGCCUUCUGAUGGCCCUGGGAUGGUCAUUAUUGAUGCCUUGGAUGAAUGUGAGGAACAAGCUUUCAAAUACCUUGCCAAAAUACUUUGGGAACAGGUUCCCAAGUUGCCCCCAAGCAUCAAAUUCUUGGUCACCUCAAGGCAAUUUGGCCUUCUUGGUCCUUACCUCUCGAACCAUUCCAUCAUUGGUCAUCUCAGUAUUAAUCUCUCAGAUGAUACCAACGUUCGAGACUGCAAUAUGAUAAAUUGGUCCAAGACAAAACACCCAUCAUCCUCCUAUGAGGAUGCUGGAGGAGCUUCUUGA